AUGAGGAGAUUCAAAAGAGAUUGGUCUUAUAGGGACAGAACAAGAGAACGGAGGGCUGUCUAUUAUGAGGAGCCACACAGCAGCCAGUGGAGCCGAGGGCCGCGGAUACGUGAAGAAGUAGUGACGCCGCCACUGCGGGAUCACGCUGCUUUGAGCUCCCCGAUGGCCUCGUCUGUGGAUUUUAAAACUUAUGUAGAUCAGGCCUGUAGAGCUGCUGAGGAAUUUGUCAAUAUUUACUAUGAGACAAUGGACAAAAGAAGAAGGGUACUAACCAGGCUGUAUCUGGACAAGGCCACUUUAAUAUGGAAUGGAAAUGUUGUCACUGGGUUGGAAGCCCUGGCAAAUUUUUUUGAGAUGCUGCCUUCUAGUGAGUUCCAGGUCAAUAUGUUAGAUUGCCAGCCAGUUCAUGAACAAGCUACUCCAUCCCAGACCACAGUUCUUGUUGUGACCAGUGGAUCUGUGAAGUUUGAUGGAAACAAGCAACAUUACUUCAACCAGAACUUCCUCCUGACUGCUCACUCCACUCCUACCAACACCGUGUGGAAGAUUGCAAGUGAUUGCUUCCGCUUUCAGGAUUGGGCUAGUAGUUAA